AUGUGUACUCCUCAAGAGCAACAACUAUUGAAGGACAACUAUUUAGCCGUGCAACGUUCGUCGUUUGCCAUACAAUAUUUCUAAUUGCAUCUGAACGUUGCAGAGCUAGAUGCAUUCGGAAAGUUCCCAAGCGCCGGCGUGCUUGAGAUCAACACGCUUUACGAUGGAAACUAUCAAGAGUGCGAACGCGUCGGCGGUCACAAAAAAUACUCCACCAACUACUGCUACCUGAACUUGCGCCUCGGGAAGAAUGCGCAGUGCUCCGCCACCUCAAUCCUCUCCCUGAUUUCCAUUCGUUUGGCUGUGUGCUUUCCGGAAUCUUGCCAGCCGAAUGAUCUCGUCACCAUAUUCAACUCGCUCUCCGCGGUUCCGUUCACCGCUUGCUCGGCGUCGUGUGCACGUUUUCCAGUUGCGAGAGAUUCAGCGUUUUGGGGCUUUUCGUAAGUUAUCUUUACUCUUGUCUCUUGUCUCUUCACAAGAUUCAUCUUAUAGUAUAUUUCUAAUAGUCAUUGCCUCUUUGGUCCUUUUUGCUUCCCUGGUCGACUUCAUCAGAGAGCUGGCGCUUGGAAUUUCCAGUGGCAAGGAGAGAAAUCAAAGUAUGUCCUACUGGCUAAACAAUUACGGUAAGUUUCAUAUUCUAGGUCUCCAACUCUUGUACAGCUUCUCGAUAUGGACUAACGCUGGUCAGAUACUGUCUGUGAAAGAGCACAAAGUUGGCUUCAUCAAAUCGCUGGAUUCUAUUCGAGCUCUUUCCAUUAUGUGGGUCGUCACGGGUCACUCGUUCACCUAUCUUCUUGCCACCGACACACUCCUGCCGCUUGCCAACUUCACCAAACAUUUCUGGAAUCAUCUCGUCCUCAGCGCGUUCAUUUCUGUCGACACUUUCUUUUUACUCUCUGGAAUCGUAGUCUCAUACCUGUUCUUCAAAACGCGGCCGGAUUCUAAAACUUUGACGUCGCCCAUCACCUGGAUUCUAUUCUAUUUGCACAGAUACCUACGCUUAACUCCUCCAAUCAUGAUCUUCAUCGGAUUCUUCGCAGUCUACGGGUAUCACAUUCAAGGACCUCUGGCAGCGUCCCAACAAAGUAAGAGUCUAUUGUGAGCGCCAACAACCCAACAAGUCUACUAUCAGAUUCCUUCUACUCUCAAUGCGACGUCUGUAAAACCAAUUGGUGGCAGAAUCUAUUGUACAUUAACAAUUUCAUCGAGGGCGCCAAUCAAUGCUACUCGAUCACUUGGUACUUGGCUGUUGAUACGCAGUUAUACUUGGUCGCGCCAAUAGUUCUCGUCGCAUUCUACUUUUCCCACAUCCUCGGCGCGCUAUUAGUCCUUUCCGGGCUGAUUGGAAGUAUUAUCACUGCUUACGUAUUGUACGGAACUUAUGAUUUGCCAGCCGAUGCUUUGUCUGGGUUUGUCGGCCUUUAUCAAAAAAGAAGACCAUCAGCUGUUUUCAGCGAUCAAAACGCGUUCGGUAUCUACUUGUACACAAAGCCCUGGAUCCGAUGCAUUCCCUAUUUGGUCGGAAUGCUCACCGGAUACUUUCUGGCCGCCUAUGGAAAAAGAAAGAUUCGCCUGCACUGGAUAUUGGCAGUUUUUGGAUGGAUAAUAGCGUUCGGCAUUGGAGCGGCAUGUAUUUUUACUACAUACGACUAUGAUAAAGGAUCUUAUUGGAAGUGAGUCAGGUUCGCAGCCCGACCAACAUCUCAUCUCGUGCCUCCGUUUCAGCACUUUCGACAAGGCGACCUACUUCAACUUCUCCCGCCUUCUCUGGGCUGUCGCAGUUUCCUGGGUUAUAGUCGCCAAUCACAUGGGCUGGGGAGGUAUGUACCGUCCUGUCUUCCGUGUUUUUACAUUACACUACAAUUUUCGCUUCAGGACCUAUCGACGCGUUUAUGUCUCAUCCGGUGUGGCAACCAUUCGGACGACUCUCCUACUGCACCUAUAUUGUCCAUUGGAUGGUUCUGUUCUGGUACUUGAACAUCGGACAGACACCGUUCCAUUACGCGAAUUCGUGGCAAGUUGUGAGUUUUCGGUUUUUCGCAGACUUACAACAUUUCACGCAUUUGCAGUUCUUGUACUACGCCAUGCCGGUCACUAUCCUCUCGUUUGUCUUUGCCUUCUUUUGGAGCUGUCUUUUCGAAAUUCCCAUUUUGAAGUGAGGAGCACAAUACUUGUUUAGUGAAAUGUUCAUUCUUGUUACUUUAGAUUGGAAAAGAUGCUGAUUGGCGCUUUGAUGGGAAGACGGAAACAUUCUGUGGAGAAGAAAGAUUCUUUCGUUUUGACACAACACCCGAUUUGA